CAAAAGAAUAUUUCCAAUAAUUCUUGUUAUUAAUAAUGUUCUGAAUAUAACCCAAUGAACAAGUGUUGAUUAAUUAUAAAUCAAGAUAUUUCCAAAAAGGCGCCAUGCAGAACGUCAUUAAUUCUGUUAAAGGAACCGCUUUGGGAGUCGCCGAAUAUUUGACACCUAUUUUAAAGGAAUCUAAGUUUAGAGAAACAGGAGUCUUGACACCUGAAGAAUUUGUGGCAGCCGGUGAACAUCUAGUCCACCACUGUCCCACUUGGCAAUGGGCAUCUGGAGAUGACAAUAAGUCGAAGAAUUAUCUUCCCAAAGAUAAACAGUUUUUGAUAACUAGAAAUGUUCCUUGUUAUAGACGAUGCAAACAAAUGGAGUACAGCGGUGAAGAAAAGUUGCUAGAGGAAGAUGAUUCUGAAGGUGGAUGGGUCGAUACACAUCAUUGUGACUCCACGCUUGAGGAUAAAGUUAAUGAUAUGACACUCGAUAGUUCUAGGUUAGAUGAAGAAUCCAGCGAGGUUGGAGAUAUGGAUAAGGAAAUGAUGAAAGAUGACAAAGAAGGUAGUGAUGAUGGUCAUAAUGAGGAUGACGAAAGUGAUGCAAUUGAUAUGGAAGAGUUUGAAGAAAGUGGCAUGCUGGACAAUGUCGAUCCGGCCGAAGCUUUAAUUGAAAAUAAACCAGCACUGCCAGAAAAAGAGAAGAAAAAUUUAGAAAGUGGCGAUUAUGAAGAAGGCAGUACUAUUGUAAAAACCAGGACUUACGACCUGCACAUCACAUACGAUAAAUAUUAUCAGACACCACGAUUGUGGGUCGUCGGCUAUGAUGAGAAUCGUAAGCCUUUAACUGUAGAACAAAUGUAUGAGGAUGUUAGUCAAGACCAUGCCAAAAAAACUGUUACCAUGGAGAGCCAUCCGAAUUUAUCAGGACCACCGAUGGCAUCAGUGCAUCCUUGCAGGCAUGCUGUCGUUAUGAAAAAAAUCAUACAAACUGUCGAAGAAGGUGGAGGUGAAUUGGGAGUGCACAUGUAUCUUAUUAUAUUUUUAAAGUUUGUGCAAACUGUUAUUCCUACUAUAGAAUAUGAUUAUACUCAGAAUUUCACAAUGUGA